AUGGAGACAGUCAAUGUCGCUGAAUUGGUCGAGCGCCUAGGUAGCGAUGAAGAUGCCGUCCGCAAAAUGGCCGUCUUCAAGCUCCAGAGCAACAUCGGAGACCCGUCCUUUGCUGACAUCUUCAUCGCAGAGGGGGGCCUGAUUCGAUUACGGUAUCUAACCCUUCAUGCAAGUGGAAAUACCUUGGCAUAUAGCUUGACGAGUUUCUCGAGGUUACUCGAUGUCGACAAGGGUUGGGAGUGUGUUGACCAGGAGUUGGUGGAGCGCAUUGUUGAGUUGAUCGUCACCCAUCCCCUAGUCAACAUUCUCCGCGGUGCUAUGUCCAUUCUCGUCUCCAUCGUUUCCCACCCAUAUACUGGGAACCGUGCGUCCCAGGUCGACACCUUUGGCUUCCGCGCCCUAAAGCCUGCGAUCGCCAUAUAUCCCCAGUUCCUAGAGAUGCUCGUCAGCCGAUUAUCUUCUGCAGAUCAUGCGCUAUGCGCCAAUGCGCUCCAGUUGAUCAACUCGCUCAUGCGCGACUCGAUCACCAACGACUCCGAGGCGGAGUGGCCCAAGUUUAUUCAAAAACUACAGGAUCUGGGCGUUAUUAGAGCAGUCUACGUGCUUAUGCAGGACUCCGCCCUUCAGGACCUAGCGCAUCCGCUGCUGGAGUUCCAGUCACUCACCAAGAUCCUGCUACGCAAGUGGCGAGAUAUCCCUGUCCACCAAGAGAAGCCGGAGCAUCGCCGUGCACUGAAGGGAAUUUAUCUGGCCAGUAACCCAGAGAAAAGCGCCGACGAGACUGCCGAGAAUGGUGACGAUACACGACGCUCUAGGCGACACCAUCCAGAAAAGUGGAGGCGACUUGGGUUUGAGACGGAGAGUCCGGCGGGAGAAUUCUACGAAGUCGGUUUCCUAGGUAUGAUGGAUCUGGCGGAUUAUGUUCGCAGCCAUGGGGAUGAGUUUCAAAACAUGCUCUUGGAGCACUCUACAAAGCCAUCACGACAGCGGUGUCCGAUUGCUCGGGCCUCGUUGGCUGUUACAUCAAUUUUGUACGAGCAUUUCGAGGUCGAAAAGUCCGACAUGGAUGACACAAAAACAUAUCUCAUUUCAGAGUCCCGUACAGGCUUUGAAAAGCUGUUCCAGCCAUUGCUAUUACAUUGGACCCGACUACAUGUUGCCGGGUUACAGGCCUUCUUCCGUCUAUGGAAGGCGACUGCGGCCGAGGAAGAGGACUUGGACAAACUCAUCGAGCUUGUGCGCAUCCUCAUUGAGUCGGUGGUGGGGGGAGCUGCUCGGAUCAAGGAUGUCCAGGAUGUCGAAGAGGAACUGGCCGAUUUCGAAUAUCACCGGUUGCGCGGGCUGCAAAUGGAACUCCUUGAACUUACAUAUGAGGAUGCAUGGGGCCAACACUUGCGACAGGUGCGCGAGGAACUUCACCAUGAGGCUCUUCAGUUCGUCAAGGAGCAACGAAUUCGAUCUUUACUCCAAGGUAGCUGGUUCGCUCUGGACUCUCACUCCAAGCCGGAGUCAGGGGCGGUGCAGAAAUCCACUGCCACGUAUCAAUAUGCCCAGCUCUCUCAUAACCGACGAUACCUGCAUUUUGGUCAAUUCGACCUGAUGGGUGACCGACCUCCGGAGUUGGACACCCUACCCGAGAAAAUCUCCAACGUCUCUACCAACCCAGACCAAUCCCCCACAGCCACCGUGAAGACCGCACCACGCCAACCCGCAACCAAGAUUACCAUCCAUGGCUACGCGCCCUCCACAGCCACUGGACAUGGAAAAGGCCAUAGCCACGCCCGAUCCGGCAGCAGGGCUACACAAAAGGAAGUAGUCCUGCUCACGCUGCGGCCAUCUUCGCACAGCAUUGCGUCCGAAUGGCUGGAUGGUCUGCUGAUGCUCCUCAACCAGCAGCCUAUCACUGCAGAGACAAGCAAGCUGAUUGAUCUGGUCAGCAACUAUGGACUGAAGAUCCGCCUGCUCAAUGUGCGGUUUGACGAUGCCACUUUUGCUGGGGAGGCUCCUCAGGUCCCUGCGAGAGAUGGCUUGGAUGAAGAUUAUUACUAUGAUGUGUUUGGAGGUGCAUGA